AUGACAACAAAAAACGUGAAAUACAACUAUGACAGCACGAUAAAUCGAAAGUCGCAUUCGGAAGAUUCGCAUCCCGCAGAUCCAGGAAUGAUCUUUGACGACAUCUCAGUCGAGAAAAUCGAUCUGAAUGGAAGACAGGUUCUCAAAAUGGACGUUUCCGAGCUUCUCGAGAAUGUGAAAAAUGUAAUUGAGCAGUGGGAAUUUCCGCAGUCGAUCGAUUACAAAAAGAUGAAUGGGUUGCAAAAACUUGAAUAUGGCCUAAGCAAUUAUAGAAAUAUUCACAAAUCGUAUAUUAUACAGUUUGUUGGCAAAAUAUCGUUUUCAACUAUUCUCAACGCUUCCAAUAAUCAAAUCAAAACGAUUGGCCAAUGGUUCAUGCAUUCGGAGAAUUAUAGAAAUUUGACGAUAACUGAAAGGAUUCAAAUACUGAAAUCCACCUGGGCACAGUGGAAGCGAUUGGAACGAUUUGCGACGACGGCAAAACUGUUGGGACACAGAAUGAUUGACGAAAACAUAGUCACCGUCAUGCCGGGAAAAGUUGCGCGAGCUGGAGAGCUAAAAGUCACCUGCGAUUUUUUUACAGUCAACGAAAUGAAAGGACACUUCAAUGUCUAUAAUCUGCGGAUGAUGGAAGAAGUAGCGAAGCCGCUCGUCGAGCUCGCCCCUUCGAAUCGAGAGAUCGCCUUCAUGUUGGCGUAUAUGUCAUGGCACUUUGCCGGCAAGAAAUAUCAGGGCAAGAUUCUAGAAGCCAGCGAAAUCGAGCUCAAGCAACUAUCCAAUGAUCUACAUUCGUAUUACAUGAAUGAGCAGAAAAUCAAAAAUUACGCGGCGCGAGUUGUCAAAAUAAUGAAAAUCAUCAACGCGGUUCUGAAAAUUCAUUUUGAUCGCCUCAACCUCAUGGAUAUUCUUCGGCUGUUUGAUUUGUCCGGCGUGGAGGCGACGGAUCCUGAGAUCUACCAAACAUACUUCUAG